AUGCUCGGUGCCCAGCGCAGGAUUUCCACGCUGGUUUCCGGACUAAUUCUGAAGUAUUGCAUGCACGGGCAGGUCCGUGGUAGGCAGAUGCUCGCAGUUGGACUUUGGGCGGUUGUCUUGCUGGUGGUCGCAGCGGAUGAGGACUGUUCACUGCUGGUGGUGAAUUCCACGAUGGGCUCUCGUUGGUAUUACUCUGCGGAUUAUGGGUUUUGUACGCCUUUCGAUGGGACAAAGGGGACGAAACUUCAGGAGAAUGCGCUGGUGUUUGAAGGAGCGGACGGGGCAACCUUGGACUCCGUGCGUUUUUUGCCCCUUUACUAUGCCUUGCCACCAGGGCAGCCGAUCCGGAAGGAGUGUGUCACAUCCACCGCUAGAUCCGAUGGGACAAUUCUGACCUUCUGGGUGGGUCAACAUCCAUCUAGGGAUGUUGCCGAUGAGUUUAAGGCUGGCGCCACUGUCGACAGCGUCCUGCAUGGCCAGAACGGUGCCUCCUUCCCUGACAAGUUGAACUUCGCUUUCGAGGGCCUUGCCACCUUCGUCUUUCGGCUUGGGGACGGCUCGUUUCAACGUCAGGUCAUGCUUCGCUUUGGCCAAGGAAGUGACGGACAUGAUAAAUGGCCUUGGUGGAUGGGCAGCACUCCACUCCAUUGUGCCAAAAACGCUCCAGAUGGUCUACUUUGUGGGGAGCUUGGCUUUCUCCGGGCGGGGAACCGCCACACGUUCAAAGUCUAUCCGCUUCCGCGGGACAAUGUGGGUGCACCCUGA